GACACAACACAACAGUCAACAAGAACACGUCAGAUUCAGAAUAAAAUUACAGUCACUAAAUUCUUUUUAUUUGUAUUUCUUAAUUCAAUUAAUUUUAUUUAAUCAAAACUGAGUAAAAUCAAAAUUAAUUAUUAAGAACGAAGUUUUAACAAAGCAUCACCAUUUAAAAUGGUGUAUAUUGGAAGAGAUGGUCAGGUGCUGGAGCGUAGACCUUGGUCUAUGGAUCGAGUGUUCGGAAUAUUCAUUAGUUUCUUCGGGUUCAUAAUGGCAUUUUUCCGAACAUUAUUAGCUCCACUUCUCGAUGCCCAGAACAAUGCCCAACGUAAUUGGGGAAGUGGUGGUGGCGGUGGAGGAGGAGGAGGUGGUGGUGGACCUGGUGGUCCUGGACGUGGAAAUGGGCCGAGACCAAAUCGAAGAAUAGGAAGAAUUAUGACGAUUCCCGAUUGUACUGUUCCUGGAGGUGGAUGAUCUCGGUAAAGUGUCCAAGACUCGUGCAGUGUGCUUCUAGUCACACUUCUUGGACACAGUUCACCAGCCUGCUAUGGGAUUCUUUAGCAUUCAUUGCUUGUAUGACGAAAUGUUUUUAAAUCCUACAUAGGAAGGAACAUUUCUGAAUCCAUCAUCCCAUCCAGGAGGGUUUUUUCUUCUUUUUUUUUUCUUGAAUUCUUUUCUUUAUUUUUUCAAAUUCGUUCAGUUGAGAUCGAAGGUCUUCUUAGAAACAAUUUAGUGAUUAUACGGGUUAGGUGUGAAAAUGUACCUAAAUUUUGAAAUAAAACAAUUAUAUUUUUGUGUAUAUGUAUAAAUCAA